GUUUACUCGAUAUUGGUUCAUCUGAUUCUGAAAACGAAAGUUCAGAAGGCAAAGGUUCAGAAAGUGAAGGUUCAAAAAGCGAUGAUUUAAAAAAUGAUAGUUCAGAAAAUGAUGGCAAUAUUGUCUUGAUUAUGGACUACCUUAUACCUACUG